AUGCUUUUGAACACAUCCUCUCGGAGCAUACUCCGACACUCCAGUCCACAGCAAUGGUCAAAGUGUUUCUUGCCCACCAUCGCAACACGAUGCCUACGCACAUCUUCAGAACCUAAAAGCUCUACCACUACACCCGUACCAUUCCAAAGUCAGAAAGAUGGAGCGUCGGGGUAUAUUCUGUAUGCCGACGGGCUAGUAAACUGGGCAAGACAAGGCUCCCUUUGGCCCUUAUCAUUCGGGCUCGCCUGCUGUGGAGUCGAAAUGAUGCACACCUCAAUGCCACGAUACGAUCAAGAUCGACUGGGCAUUAUUUUCCGCGCCUCGCCACGACAGGCAGACGUGAUGAUUGUGGCCGGCACGGUAUCCAACAAGAUAGCGCCAGCGGUGAGACAACUAUAUGAUCAAAUGCCCGAGCCUCGAUGGGUGAUUAGUAUGGGUAGUUGUGCCAACGGCGGAGGAUAUUACCACUACAGCUACAAUGUUGUACGCGGCGUGGACCGUAUUGUGCCUGUGGAUAUUUAUGUGCCUGGAUGCCCACCGACAGUAGAGGCUCUUUUGCAGGGUAUUUUCCUUCUCCAGAAGAAGAUGCGGAGGACGCAGGUGACCAGGAUGUGGUAUAGGCGCUAA